AUGUCUGUCAAUGACCGCGCCGCGUAUAUGAGCGCUCCACGACCCCGCGCCGUCUCCAAUCGCGUCGAUGCCGAAUCCCGCGGACUGUCGCCAAUGCAAAUCGAGAACAAGAAUCCACUGCGCAACAGCUCCUCAAGUCACCCCCAUCGAGUUUCCCGGGAUCAGAAGAGCAUGUCGGAAAAGCGCUCAGAGCGGCCAGGCAUCACAACACGAGAGAGAUCAGUGCGAAGGAACCAGACCAAGGACUCUAUCAGCGCGCCAAACCGAGGCGAUUGGGAGAAGAAUCGACCUCGAAAACCUAUCCAGACAGAUGGCGCCAAUCCGAGCGCGCGAGAUGGAGAAAAGACCCCGACAGCGUUACCCUGGAAUCCCCAAGCAUCAUUGAUACCCCAUUCGACAGCCCCCCUCGCAUGUCGAGUCUCUGUUCCUCCUCUAGCCUCGGCAGCUCCACAAUCCCUUCAUCCGCGAGCACUACGAGAAUUGUCAUCCGACGCACAGGAAGCGGCCAUCCUGGAGGAUUUGUUAUUUGUGUUCAUGGGAUUUGAAGGCCAAUAUGUUCAUUAUGCCAACUAUGAUCCAUCGGUCGAGAAGGACCGCCUCGCGGGACCGGCAUUCCAAAUCGCGCCGGGGCUAGAUCCAACCCUGCGCGACCUCACACAAUCCAUGUUGAAGAUGGCGACACACUAUAGUGCUAUGGAAGCUUUUGUGGAAAUCCAGAGUCGCGCCGAGUGUGGCGCCGUCAGCCACUCGCUGUGCGCAUCCAUUCGAAAGCUUCUCAAAGACUACCUCAUCCUCAUUGCUCAGCUCGAAGGCCAACUGUUGAACAAUCCGACAUUCACCUUGCAUCUUCUCCACCUACAUACCAUGCCAACCAGCCAAUGUUUGGCUCAAUUGUACUCAAUGGGCCAGGAGCUAUUGCUCAAGAAUGGCCUCUUGGAUGAAGAAAUCGAAGAGUCUAUUGAUGACUUUGACGAAGACGUUGACAAUAUUCUCGAGCAGCUGAAAGAAGGAGGAGAUCUGGUCCCUGGGUCCAUGACCAGGAAAAAGAUGUGCAAAGGAGGGAACAUUCUGGGGCUGUUAACAGGGCGCCUGGCUUCAUUCUCGGGAGAUCCAACGACAAAGACCCUGCUUCAGACCCUGCUACGGGAUGCCAGUCGACCGUAUAUGACCAUGUUGAACGAGUGGCUGCACCACGGAGGUAUCAGAGACCCUCAUGCCGAGUUUCUGGUGAAGGAACAAAAAUGGAUCAGACGCGAGAAGCUCGAGGAAGACUACACCGAUGAAUACUGGGAGAAGCGGUAUACCAUUCGCGAAAAUGAAGUCCCACCCCAGCUGAAAAGUAUGCAAGACAAGGUUCUCUUGGCAGGAAAAUACUUGAAUGUUGUUCGUGAAUGUGGUGGUGUGGAUGUUAGCAAAGAAGUCAUGGAUGUGCCGCAGACACUCGACGAUCCUCGCUUCUUGGACAACGUCAAUUCCGCCUACACAUACGCCAAUGCGUCCUUAUUGAACCUUCUUGUCACCAAAAAUUCCCUCACGACCCGCUUCCGCUCCUUGAAGCACUACUUCUUUCUGGAUCGUUCCGAUUUCUUCUCAUAUUUCCUCGAGCUGAGUGCAUCGGAGUUACGAAAGCCGGCGCGCAGCGUCAACGAGGGCAAGCUCCAAUCAUUACUAGACAUUGUGCUUCGGCAGCCUGGCAGUGUCGCAGCACUAGAUCCAUUCAAGGAGGACGUGAAGGUCAAGAUGAACAAGAUCGGUCUCACAAAGUGGUUGAUGCAAGUCGUCAAUGUGUCGGGUGUCAAUCAAGACGGCCCAGAAGCAGAGAAGCAACAUGCAUCCGGUGAUGAGGACAAGGAUAUUGUGGGAUUCGAUGCACUCGAGCUCGAUUACCAGGUUCCCUUCCCUCUUUCACUUGUCAUCAGCCGAAAGACUGUGCUGCGAUAUCAAUUGAUCUUCCGGCAUCUCCUUUCGCUGCGCCAUCUAGAGACGUUGCUGGUCACGUCCUGGGCGGAUCAGAACAAGACGACUAGCUGGCGACACAAGUCCUCUGAUCGUCGAUUGGAGAUCUGGAAACGCCGCGCAUGGAACCUGCGCGCGAAAAUGUUGGUUUUCGUCCAACAGCUUUUGUACUUCUGCACAGCGGAGGUGAUCGAGCCUAAUUGGGUGGGUCUGAUGGAUCGCGUAAACAGUGUGGAUGCAGAUGCGUCCGCGGUGGAGGAAAGUGAUAUGAAGCCAGUCAACCGGACGGUUGAUGAGCUGAUGCAGGAUCAUGUGGAUUUCUUAGAUACAUGUCUCAAGGAGUGCAUGCUUACACAAGCGAAGCUAUUGAAAAUCCACUCUAAGCUAGUCACUUGUUGCACUAUGUUUGCCUCUUGGACCGCCGCAUCACUAUCAAGGGCACUAGCAUCAGCCGACCCUGAUUUGGCCACGGGCAAAGUUCCCGGUGCUGACGCCCGUGGAUAUGACCCCAGCCGAAUCGGAAAGCUGGAAGAUACUCUCAAGCGAUACGAAGAUCAUUUCUCGCGCCAUCUCCGCAUCUUGAUGGACAGCCUGAAUUACUUUGCCGCUACAGAGAGCGUGGUUCUCCUGAAGCUGGCGCAUUCCUUGACCGCUAUCAGCAGAGAGGAAAGCAAGGAAGACUGA